GCGCAUGCGCAAUCGGAUCGAACGGUAACAAAGCGAACAUACAAAGGUGGAGGACUGAAUGGCUUCCCGGAGAGGUUUCACGUUUACGAUCUUUAUACCUUUACAGAUUCAAAUAUAGCAUCAAAUACCUUACGAUUUGUCUUUAACAAAGCCCACGAAACGGAAGUUGAGUUUGGAGCGAUGGAGGGUUAUCUGGAGUGAAGAUUGAAGACGUGAUAGAAGAUGGACGACUACUGCUAUGCUAAGAUGGCGACGUCCGCUAAAAGAGAACAUGAAAGAGAAUCAGCGCCACCAACUUCCAGCAAAUCACCAACGGAGAUAAAGACGAAAGAUGAAGACAUCCAACAGAUGAUUAGUCAUCCAGAAGAACUUCCCCCUCAGUCGCCGGGGGGGAUCUCCACUUUGAAGCAGGAGACUCCACAACCACCCUGCAUUAAAAAGGAAGAGGAGGAUCUCUGGAUCACUCAGGAGGGAGAUUUUCUUCUAGGACCACAGGAAGCUGAUCUCACCAAGUUGCCACUGACUGUUGUCUCUGUGAAGAUUGAAGAUGAUGAAGAGAUACCACAACCAGACAACCUCUUAGCUCCACUAUCAGAUAGUGAGGCUGAAAACGAGGUUGAACUAACUUUAACCAGCGAUACAGACUGUGAAGGUGAUAUGAGGACUCAAACUGACAACAAACACUCUGAAUGCUCUAAAAAAAAGAGAGGUAAAAAACGUUUGACCUGCUCUGUUUGUGGUAAAAGCUUUUCUCAAAAGGGCCAUUUGAUUCGACACACAAGAACGCACACAGGAGAAAAACCAUUUAAUUGUUCGAUUUGUGGUAAAAGCUUUACUCAAAAAAGCAAUUUGAUUCCACACAUGACAACGCACACAGGAGAGAAGCCAUUCAACUGUUCAGUUUGUGCUAAAAGCUUUACUCAAAAGAGUAGUUUGACUCAACACAUGAAAACACAUACAGGAGAAAAAACAUGUAAUUGUUCAGAUUGUGGUAAAAGGUUUUCUCAAAGAAGUAAUUUGAUUCAACACAUGAGAACACACACAGGAGAAAAGCCUUUUAAUUGUUCAGUUUGUGAUAAAAGCUUUCCGCAUAAAACCAAUUUGAUUCACCACAUGAAAACACACACCGGAGAAAAACCAUUUAAAUGUUCAGUUUGUGAGAGAAGCUUUUCUUAUAAAGGCAAUUUGAUUCAACACAUUAAAUUACACACAGAAGGAAAAACAUUUAAAUGCUUAGUUUGUGGAAAAAUAUUUUCCAAAAAAUGCAAAUUGACUCAACACAUGAGAACACACACAGGAAUACAAAUCAUUUAAAUGUUCAGUUUUUGGUAAAACCUUUUUUCACGCCAUGGUUUGACUCAACACAACGAAAAAACAAUUUGUUGUGCAUUUUGCAGUUAAAGGUUUCAUCAUCGUGCAGACGCAGUAAGACCUAAGAACACACACGGGAGAGUAACCAAACAACUGUUUAGUUUGUGAUAUGUUUCUUAUACAAGACGACAUUCACCCGCACUCAGGACCUCCUCAAAACAAGUUCACUUCUUGUUUCACAAAUAUCAGAGGUAUUGCUGACGUCACAUCCGCUUUGCUUUGUCAUGGUGUGAUGCACAUGGAGGGCAAACAAGCUUAAACCUAGCAUAAAAUAUAGUCAAAGACGCGUUAGUAAAAUGUCGUUUUGCCGUGCUCUUCUUGAAAGUUCCAAACGUCCAAACCGAGAGAUGGGAAAGAGCUUUUAUAGAGUUCAGAUAGAAGUGGUUUCUUAAAGGUAAUAAAGUCAUGCAAACUACGAAUGCGCGUCGAGAAAUUGGCUGUCAAACAUGUCACUUUCAUCUUGUGAAGUAGUCUGUAGCGAUCACUUUGUAAAAUGUUUCAACAUUUGAUUUGUUUGAGAAACUUUCUGAAGUUCUUUACUAUGUAGGCCACAGGGGUGUCAAACAUACGGCAGGUUUUAUCCGGCCGGCGAGAUGAUUUUGGUAAGUAUAACAAUUAGCUGACAUUUUUGAAUGAAAUAAACUGCUAUUCUAAAUGUGUCCACUGGGUGUCGCAAUAGCAAUUCUUUGUAUCCCCUGCCGCACUCCUGCGCAUGACUUCAGAGGGGGCGGAGCUACGUGCCUGGUUAAGAUAGAGCUGUGUUUUUCAACCACUGUGCUGCGGCACACUAGUGUGCCGUGAGAUACAGUCUGGUGUGCCAUGGGAGAUUAUCUAAUUUCACCUAUUUGGGUUAA